CGGCUCGCAUCGCACAGUCCGCAGACAGACCCGGUGGCGCCGGCAGUGCCGCCCAGCCGCGCUGCGAUCUCGCACGACACACCACGCUACGUCCCGAGUCACGUGGUGCCGGACUCUCGUCGCUCGCCCCACCAGGUAGCCCGUCGCCACCUGAGCCUCAGGCCUCCCACACACUAUGAGUGACACCAAUGUGACUGACACUGCGCCUACUUGAGUUUUCGUGUGUGUGUUAACUUACAAGAUGUUUUGUUCAUAUAAAAUAAACUCGAUAAGUGCUAAUGUGAUUCUAAGAAAUAUGUGUCGCCUAUGUGAACUUCAAUACCAUUUAACAUUCAACCCGGCUUAAAUUCGAGGAGAUUCAAACGAUAUUGUCAGAAAUGGCUGUAUUUUUUAAACGGUGUUUAUUUUUAACGGUUAUAUUUUGGUGGAAAGUAACUAAUCUGGCUUCAAUUUGUCUGGAUAGUUGUGUGUGUACUUCCAACACAACUUUAUGUCAACAAUGUUCGUAUAACAUCACGUUGAAGGAGUACACAGACGUGCAUCAUCAGCUGUCUGUGUGCUGCAAUGAGGAGACUCCAAUGUUAUGGUCUCAAGAGUAUGUCAAUAAAACAAUAGCCCAAGUAACCGCACAUUUUGCUACAACUUGUAAUGCGAGUAUUGUUUAUUUUGACAUUCCACUAUUAGACACGUACUCGCUACAAAUAAGAAAUAACAGUUUUAUUCAAAUAAGGAUAAAUGUAAGAAGACAGAACUUGAGAGAAAUUGAUUUAUCCUCCAAUAACUUGCAAUACGUUACCAAGGGAGUCUUUAAUAACUUCCUGAAUCUCCGGAAACUUAUUUUAAGCAGAAAUAAAAUUAUUAAUAUAUUUGAAGAGAGUUUCAAUGGAUUGACGAAAUUAGAAACUUUGGACUUGUCAGAAAAUAAUUUGACUAUGUUGACGAACGUGUUUACACCACUGAAAAAUCUUCAGCAUCUCAACUUGAGUAGAAAUAACCUCGAGUUUAUACAUGAGAAUUAUUUCAAUAAUUGGCUAUUGCAACACUUAGAUGUAUCUCACAAUAACUUAAGGAAAUUAGCGCCUGGUGCUUUACAAUUACUACCAAAUCUGGCGCGAUUGCUACUCACGGAUAAUCCGCAUCUCGGCAUCACACAAUUGGAUACACAAUUAUUGGUUGGCACCGGCCGGCGGCUGCAACAAAUAGAUGCGUCAAGAACAGGCCUGCACCAAGUCCCUGAAGCAUUUACACAUUCAGUACGGUUUCUGUCGCUCGUCGGGAACAGAAUAUCAAGCGUCAGGUGCGGGGAUUUCGAUAGUUAUCCUUUACUGCAGUCACUAGAUUUCUCUGAAAAUAAAGUAGUUUCUGUAGAAGAUGAUUCACUCGGUAGAUUGGAGAUGCUUCUAUUCUUGAACAUAAAUAAAAACCUACUCACAACUGUUCCAAGAUCGUUACCAGAUGAAUUAAAGUAUUUAUCGAUUAAUAACAAUCUCAUCAGGAAUUUGUCAAUACCUGAUUUGAAGAACUUACCCAAUUUGAGAAUUUUAUUGUUACAAAACAACGAUAUACAUUACAUUCAAGACCAUGUUUUUGACGACUUGCUUUCGCUAGAAAUGCUAGAUUUGUCUAACAAUCCGAUACAAACAUUGUCGUGGAGUACAUUCGACGGGCCACUAUCGCUUCGAGAUUUAAGACUUUGUUACUUAAGCUUAUCAGUGCCAGAACGAGAUGGCUCGUUUCCAAUGUCGUCGCCAGAGAGCGUUCAAAUGUUACAUCUGCAGUCCAGUCCCGGCCUGGCCCGGCAACUGCUUGCUGACUCCGCGGCUUUAGCUGCCUUCUCACAUUUACAAUACCUAGACUUGAGAAUGAAUAAUUUAUCGGAGAUCAGAAAUGAUUUGUUAUUUUACUUGGCCCAACUUAAAACUUUGAGAUUGCAUGGAAACAACAUAAAUUGUAGCGCAGAAUUAUGGUUAAAAGACUGGAUGAACUGGAACAAGAGUUUGUCCAACAGUGAAACUUGUUACUAUUCCACUUCCGAAGCUAAAGUUGAGAUAACCAAAUAUAAUUGUACAUUUCCCGAAACGUUUACUAUAAGUGACAGUCUUCCUCCAGUCAACCUGUACAGUACUGAAAUGAUAAAUAAGUUGUUGAGAUAUUACGGAUAUCUAAAUAAUAAAACCGAGAAAUCGAAUAAACACGGGAACAGUAAAAACAAACACGAAUAUAAACACGAAAUCAUGAAAAUUAAAAACUUGAAAUCUCCUCCGCAGUUUAAAAAUACAACCGUAAAGAACACCGAUAAAAGAGAUAACUUUUCCGAAUUAGUAAAAGGAAUUGAAAGAAAUGAAAACAAGAUUUCCAUAAACGACUACAUAAACGAAACAACUAUUGUCAAAGCAAGGGAGUCCUCUAAAAUUUUGGAUCAAAAUAAGCUACAAAACGAUCAGCUUAAUAUUGACCAUAGAUUUUUAGACAUAGAACCGUACUUCUCAGUGCCAACUCGUUAUUAUAAAAAAGAUCCUAAAGAUAAUGACAACCAAAUAUAUCAAAAGAAUAGAUCAGGAAAGCGUUUAAACACGCCACUGAAUAUAACUAAAAAACUUGAAAGCAUAGUCCUUGAGUCCAAAUCGAGUCUCGUUUUAAGUAAGAAUUUCAGCGAGUCGGAAAAUGUGACCGUACAAGAGUUGGAGACUACACAACCAAAAUACAAAAUUGAAUAUUCGCCGUAUCAGUCGGCCGAUAAAAGUUAUGCCCAGUACAUAGGCACAGUCGCAGUAAUUGGGCUAAUAGUGAUGUCCUUGGUACUGUGGCUGAGUUUUCGCCUGAGGUACAGAAGAAGAAACGUGCCCGUUGUCAACACGGAGGCCGAGGACCAAAUAGAGGUGUCGAAUAUCUCCGGAGGGGUGCUGUGGUGACACCUGCGGGCAGCCGACCCCACGCCCUUCGAAUACGAUUCUCUCCUAACGUAGAACUCAUGCAAUUUCGAAGCGGUCGGCUGCACGAAGUAUGGACGGCGUUUUGUGAUAUAAUUGGACGUACAUAUUUUUUUAUGAAAUAAGUACAAAUAGAUUGGUUAACUGGGCAGCGGGGCUAUGAAUCGUUUUGUCAGUGUAAAUAAAUUGUUUUGUUAACUUAUGGUGACCGUAGACCUAUUUUUAUGUAAAGUCGUUGUAGGAUCGUGAUUUUAAUUUAGAUACCUAACCUAGCUGACUUCAUCUACUAUGCCGUACAUAAGGGCUUUUUGUGGUUAGGCUGCAACUUACUGUACAUAAUUAUGAUAUAUCGCAAUACGUAAUGUUAAGUCACCAUAUCGAAGAUAAGUUUCUUGGUGUAGAGAGAGUGGUUGUAUGUCUAUGGCCGAAACUGUAUUGCGCAAAAUAUCGUGAAAGCAGAUCAUGUCUUCCCUUUGAACCUUGUAAUUAUAACGUAAACAAUUUAUCGCGUAACAAGCUCUUCUUAAGUGCCAAAAUAUUUUAUUUCGUACUAAAGACUUUGUAUCUUGACUGUCAUAACAAAUUCAUUAAAAUGUAGUUCCAUUUGUUAUAUGUUUUGUACUAUGUCAGUAUACUUGGUGGUCAUCAUAUUACUAAUGUGCACGUACCCUUCAUGGAACAAACCAAAUCUGUGGGCAGUCAAAUAUUUGUCCAGAUGCGGGAUGUGAACCCGAAGUAAACACACAAGUCGACAGCCACUAUUGCAUUUAUGAAUCAACGGUAAUGAUAUGUAUGGAAUGAAACAAUAAAAGGCAUUAAAAACACAUGUUCGACACAACAUAAGGCUAAUUACGAGAAAAAACUUUAUGUAUAUUGAAUUAUUUGUGCACGAAAUCUUUUAACAACAGUGAAAUAUACUAUUGUUGCUGCUUUAAAGUUGAAUAUGAAAACAAACCCUAUCAAGCUAUUGAAAUUAAAAAGAACGUUAGAAAAUCGUAAUACAAUUCCGACAGACAUAAAUGUUAUUAUUAUGCUGAAAUGUAGUAUGAAAAUAUCCUCUAAACUAUGUUUAUUUUAUGAUGAAAAUGUUGUGAAGAAUUUCAAACACACUUUUGUAAAAAGAAAUCAGCUUUUGAUAUGAAGGAAUGUUUAGGUAUUGAUAUAAAUAAUUGAAUCAACUGAUUUGCGACUUGUAUUAAGUUUUUCUUGAUUGAAUCAGUGUGUACAGAAUGUUCAUAAGUUAUUUCAGUUCAGUAUAUAUAGCUUACGUAAAAGAACAUAAACACUAUUUUAAGUAAGUAUAUAAAAGUACUGUAUAUUACUAACAAAAACUAAAUAGCCACGGAUUAAUUUGUUGAUCAGUAGUUUAUAUUAUACGCAGUGUUUCACUUAAUACUUAAUGUUAUUUCAUUCAUCAUUCUGAAACCUAAGGUUGUAACUUGAUAUAUAAACAUUUUGACGAAAAUGAUGUGUAGAUAUAUGUUUUUACGUGAAUCGUAGUUUAUGAUGUACAAACAGAUAGCCAAAGAUUUAAUAAAUAAUAGAUUGAGUAAA